UACUGCGCGUUUUUUCUUACUCUUGAUUCGACAUACGCUGGCAAAUGCCAACAAAUUGACGUUACUCAGCUUCCAGCUUGCGCCAACGUUGGCUACAAAUCUACAGCGAAUUUUUCACAAAUUGGAGGACGGAGCUAUCAAGAGCAUGUUUCAUCAGAAGUCACCCACUUUUCUGAUCGUUUCAACAGUUGUUCUCCUUAUUCUAGGAUGUUCGUGUGCUCUUGUUACCUUCCGAAAUGUUCCAAGGACGUCGAAGGCCCCAUUCUACCCUGUAGAGAAGUGUGUGAUCAAUUUGUGGACGAUUGUCAUAAAGAAUUAAAAGACAGUGGACUGUAUAGACGUUACGUUGCCUACUGUAGACUUCUUUCUUCUAAGAGAGAAGCAUCUAUGCAAUGUUUAAAACCAGCUGGAUUUGUUCCUCGACCAAAUAAAAAAGAGCCAUUAUUACCAAGUUGUGAAACGGCAAGUCGGCCUGCCUGUUUGAAAGACAAUUUCAGUGGCCUAGGAAAUAAUACGAGAAAUCGACUCCGGUCUUUUCUCAGCGAUCUCAGCCCUGUCCUAAACUCAAGUUGCUCUGUCAAGUUAAGACGGUUUGCCUGCUUCAUUGAGACUGCACCUUGUGUAAGUAAUGAUGGCUCCACCCUUCAUGCCUGUCCAUCAAUGUGCCAGGAGGUGAGACGUGAUUGUGACGAGGAAUUUAAAAGGCACAACAUCGACUUUCCACAAUGUAUACCUUACUACCCUGAAAUUCAUGCCGGAGAUGGUUUGUGCAAGCUUUCUCACUGGCCUCUACCAUGGCCGAAUACAACUGAAACCCAAGUUUUAGAGACAACUCCCAGAAUUCUUAGAACAAACCCUGUAGUUAUUUCCAAAGUUAACGGAGGAUUUAACAGUGAUCCAAACAAAGAGAGCAAGAUAGGGACAACAGCGCAAUCCAAGCCUGACAGCGACAAAGAAUAUAAAAAGAAGCCAAUAUCGAGUUUAGUUCUUGCAGUUGCCGUUGUGGGCUUUUUAAUGGUGGUUUCGUUUGUGACAUUUAUGUUACAUCUGUUAGUGAAAAGGCUCAGGAAAAAUGCCAGGGCAAGAAGGAGAGGGAGUGGAAAGUAUGUCAAAGAUGCGAACAUUUCAUCUAAUGGAAAAGCAGUUACAGUGGGCGAGGAAAAGAAUGCGGGAUUUGAAGAGGAAAUACAAAAAACUGGGACUGCUCUUUACUAACAGUUAUAACUCAUCAGGUGAUGGCCGUUUCAUGAGUUAAGCCGGAGUGAAGGCAAUUUCCAACAGAGAACCCAAUGAAAACCAAGAUACGUUCGCGUUAAUUCUUCGCGAUGCCACAUCAUUAGUCAAGAAAAUUCGGGCUGACCUCUCAACCAAUCAGAUGCAACGUUACAAUCAAUUGCCACUCGGUCACUAGCGUUAGCCGCGCUUCAGGCGGUCUACAUGUACAUUAAAAUGAGUGUGAGACCAGCUCCAUUUAAAGAGUCGGAGAAUAUUUGAAUUAAUACUCAUUAAAGUUAAAUUCAAGUGGAUGAUUUUAACCCUUCAGAUAUAACUCGAGUCUGCUUGAUAUUCUAAUGCAAAUGCGUCAAACUCGACAUAUGCAGGACUUUAUGCUGAGCAGCAUCGGAAAAAAAACAGAUAGCGGUUAUAUCUUUUCUGCCAUGCGUAUGGUUUAAAAGUGGGAAAACUAUGUUCAGAGUUAGUAAUUUAGUGGCCUAUAUCGUCAACUGAAAAUUCAAAAUUUAUUUACAAAUACCUACAGCUUAGACACAACGAAUAUAUGAAAUUCAUAUAUCUGAACUGCGGUUAUAGAAAGGUAUUUGUGCAUGAUCGUCGCAGUAAAGAGCACGAUUUAAGCAAUAGUGAAGAUCAGACCUGAAACAAAUUGGCUCCCAGUUGGCCAGUUAGCUCAAUUGGUAGAGCACUGCACUAGAAUUGCAGAGGUCAGUGGUUUGAAUCCCGUACAAGCCUGAAUUUUUUUCAGGUCUGACCUUCACUAUUGCUUAAAUAGUGCUCUUUACUGCGAGGAUCCUGCACAAAUAUGUACCUACAGCUUGUUGGUAACAAAUAUUAUGGAUUACAGAACUUCAAAGAUUUAUAUUGGUAUAAAUUUUGGAUACUUUAAUCUCAAUAUAGAACUUCAUAGAUUUAAAGUCUGGACUCCACUCUAAAUUCUCAACUUACUAGCCAAGUGGCUAGUGACAUCUUAGAUGUUACGACAAUUUCAGUUUGUCUACCAGCCAAACUGGC